AUGCUGAGCGAUUUAACGAGUGAAUGGAAUAAAUUCGGAAGGCUGUCUUUUCAAGGAGACAACGGGGAAACCCUGCUACACAUAGCGGCUUGCAACGGCUACGGCAGCGUGAGCAACUUUCUGCUGGACACAGCUGGCCAGUCGGCUACAACAGCUGAUAAGGACGGUUGGCAGCCGCUGCACUGUGCGGCUUACUGGCAACACUUGAAAGUUAUUGAGAGCCUCAUGAACCAUGGUGCAAACGUUUAUGAUAAAACACUGGACGGAGAAACGGUUCUUGACCUCUGCAAAGAUGCCAACAUCUGCGAUUGGAUGAUUCAAAGAUCAGCUGACAAUCGUCACAACAACUUCAACCAAUCAUCUUCAUCUCUGAGGAAAAGUCAGAUGAGAAGAUCAAGUUCCUCUGCGAAGCGUCUGAACGCCGAGAAGAAGGAAAAGCGUCGCAAAAAGGACGUUCAGAAUGAAUUCGAAAGACUCAUGUCCUCCCAGAACGAUCUAGACGACAACGACGGCAACAACAAAAACAACAACAACAGACACGGAGAAGUGAAUUCCAACAGACACAAUAGCUACCCAAAGUUACUAAACAACAAUAAUAACAGUAACAAUAACAUUAAAAAUGUUCCGGACGACGAAAGCUGUGCGUCAAGGCAAGGAAACCGCGGUAGCAUACUAGGCAGUAAUGUCCUUAAUUUCUACAAUAAUCACUCCAACAUUGACUACUGCGAGAGUCCCAGACUUCUAUCGUUGCAAUCGACAAACAACUACUUCGGUUACAACAACACAAGCCUCGAUGCCAACUAUCUAAAAUCGGACUCUCCCAGCUCUAGAUCUAGAGCCAACUCAAAGAACAGCAACAUCAGUGUCGAAUCUGAAAAAAAAUUAUCAAGUUUACCAGAAUUCGGGGAGUCUAAUGGAAAGGUGAGUUUGUCGCGCGAGCGAUCACAGAGCUGCAAGGACGAAACAGUGGCUUCCUCCGCACAAAGUAGUCGAAAAGAAAGUAAAAAAAAAUUUUCAUCAGUCGCUGACAAAUUAUCGAAAUCCAAAAAAGCCUCAAAAAAUUAUUACGAAAAUAUGCCAACGAGAGCUAGAAGUUUGAAGAACGAAUCAAACAAAUUUUCGAGUUUUGAGAAUGAAUUUUCGAACGAUGGAACGGACAGAAAAAGAUCAGAAUCAACAAAGAGACACAACAGCUCAUCAAGAAACAACCUGACGGAGGCAGGUUUGAACCCAGAAAGGAAGUCUCUUUCACUGAAUCAACUAAUCCACGAUCAGUAUGUCGGUGAGCUUUACGGGAAGAAAAAAUUGACAAAAUCGAAAUUCUCUUCUAACAACAAAUGCCUUAUUUCGUAG